AAUAUAUCCACUGGGUCACAAGAAGACAAUGUUUGUUAAAGUGUGUUUGCUCCAAUAUCACAAGUUUGAUGUCAGCAGUCGCGCUCCUGCACGCUCUUUGCGGAUGUUGUGUCUGAACUUUCGGAGUAUUGACAGACACCGGGCCUGUCUGGCAUGGACACUAUUUAUGGCCCUGCUCGGGUUACUGGCAGUGACCUCGUAAAGAAAUGAAGAAUCUCUAAGCAGAGGGGGAUCAAAAGCAGAGGAACCAAGAUGUCUGUUCUCAUUAACCUUCAUUGCGGUUCCAAAUCGAUGACCAAAUCCUGUUUUGUAGCGCAAAGCCUGGCUGCUGGGUGUAUCCAAUAUGGAGCAUCUGAUUGGAAGAAAAGACGUCAGAAAAUGAGGAGCACACCCGACCACCCAAAUCGCCUUUCGAUGUUAAGUGGGAAGCCUGAGGAAAUACAGUUAACAAAGUCAAACUUUCUCCUGUGUGUGUGUGUGCGGGCUCGUUGUGCGCACAGUAGAACUUUAUGCUUCAUCGGCCGUGUGAGCGCAGCUUGUGUGCGCUCGCGUAAUUAGAGGUGGCGCAGCAGACACAGUUUCUCUCACCUAUCAUUAACAAACAGGCACCACGCUUCCUGCCUCCGGCCUCGGUCUGAGGUCCUCUGGAAAUUCACCACUCACAGCUCUUCAACCGCCCCGCUUGUGUGGCCUCCUUUCGUCCAGCCUGGCUUCUUCAGUUUGAGGUGAGGAAGAGGAAGGAGGCUGCGGACAGCUGAGGUUGAGUGAAUGCAGCCAUGGCCUGUACGCCCUGUCCAUUGAGGAGCUACUCAGUGGAGGAGAAAUCAAAGAGGACAGAGAUGAUCAACAGGAUGAAACUGUGGGGGAGGUCAGCUUGGCCUUUGCAGGUUGCCUUCCUCGUUGCCUUGGUGAUGCUCUGCGUUGACCCGGUGUCCGCUGGCAACCGUAACCAUCGGGGACCGACAGUCUCGUACCAGGUGAAGCAGGGGACAUGUGAGGUGGUGGCCAUCCAUCGCUGCUGUAAUAAGAAUAAGAUUGAGGAACGCUCUCAAACCGUCAAGUGUUCCUGUUUCCCGGGGCAGGUUGCUGGUACCACCAGAGCCAGACCUUCAUGUGUGGAAGCCUCCAUUGUAGCCCAGAAGUGGUGGUGCCACAUGCAGCCGUGUAUGGAUGGGGAGGAGUGUAAGGUGCUGCCUGACCUGACUGGCUGGUCCUGCAGCACUGGCAACAAAGUCAAAACCACCAAGGUCACACGAUAGCAAGAGAGCCACUGAGCCACGAGGAAGAGGAUGGAUGACUCACACAUAUUUACUGUACGAUGGGGAAAAAUAUCAAGGAAAGGAUGCUGUAAGGCUUUCCAUCACUAAACAAUGGGAUAAAACGUACUCAUCACAAACUAUGUACACUUGGCUACAUGGACCCACAAACACAGCAUAUACUGUAUGCUGGUCAAGGACAAUGGACUACAGUAAUAGACACCCAGGGUACAUCUGGAAACAAAUGGACUGUUAUUUUCCAAUGAUGGACAAUGUGUGGAUUGAUCAACAAAGGUCAAUUUUAGACACAGAUUAAGCAUUUCAAAGUAUAUAUUUCAACAAAGCAUUUGUGGAUGAGUGUGAGAUGUGAACUAAAGCUGUGCUUAGAGUGCUGCUGGAUACAGUCCAGAAGUGUUGUCAAUAUGUAGAGCUUAUACUGGAGACAGCAGAGAUGAUUUGGCGGAAAUUAAAGCGAUAGCAGCUCAUAACUAGCAAAUAGCAAAUUAGCAUCAAAUUGCUCUUGUGGGUCAAGUUACUACCAUGAAGACUGUUUUGCGGGAGUCAUUUUGCAGUUCUAAUUAGGAAUUGCAGUGUAGGAUCAUAACAACAUAUUAAAAAUUCAUGUAAGAUAUUUGCACUAGUUGAAACCGUUUGGGAAUGUUUUGUUUUUCUAGAUAUCUCCCAUCUUUUGCUGUGGAUGUCACAUGAAAUCGAAGGUGAGCAUUUUGUAAAAUGUCUGACACUUGAAGUAGAUAAAUAUAUAUAUCACGCCCCAUUAUUCCUGAGUAGUUAUUGGUUAAAAAUGGCUCUGACUAUUGAGCCUCACUUACAUGCAGCUUGGUACAAUAUGAACUAGCAAGGUGUGAAUCAUCAGUCUCAUUUUUGCCAAGAAACAUUUCCAAGCUCAGCCUUCAAAGUUAUAUAUCUUUGAUCUAUUAUAUUCAGUCUGUGACAUCUCUUAUGUUAACUGUUAAAAGGAGGCCCAUAAAAUGUUCAAACAAG